AAUAAAACUUUUUCAAAAUAUGCUUAGAGAUGAGUGUUUCACUUUAAAACACUUUUUUUAUAACUUAAUCCCAGUAUCACUGUUGAUCAUUACUGCAUCUCUAGAACAAAUAUAUAUAAAGCCUAGGUAGAUAUUUUUAAAAAGGUAAUUGCAUUGGACAACGCUUUUAGGGAUAAUAAUUAAGUGUAUAACAACAUUUUUAAAAAAUUGCAAAUAUACCAAAAUCUAUCCGUGAUAGACUCUAUUGUCGAUAGGUUCCUACCAAUAAUAUGGUCUAUCACUAAUAGAUCCUUACUAGUGAUAUGACCUAUCACCGAUAGAUUUCAGAAGUAAAAUACUUUGAGUCUGAUUACUAUAUUUACAAUUGUCCAUAUUAAAAUGCGAAAAAUAGAAGGAAGAAAAAACAUAAAUAUAAACAGUUAAUGUUUUAUCGGCAUAGAUAUUGAGGUGUACCAGUUGGCAAGAUGGGUGGUGUGAGCCAUAAAACAAAACAGCCUUUCAAGUCAGCAAAUUUCAAAAUUCCCUUUGCAGCUUGGUUUUUUUGAGGUCCAAAGAUGCUGACGUGUGGCCCCCUCACCCCAUGCCCUCCUCUUCCUCCCUCCACGUGGGAUCCCUUCUACAUGUCCCAGUCAGCAUUAUAUCCCCUCCCCCCAUUUUCUCUCCAUCAUUGCCAUUAAAUCUCUCUGCUGGGGGCUCACCUGAUUCAACUUCCUUUGAAAACUCCAUCUCUCCCUUUCUUUGCUCCCUAAUUCUCUCUCUCACACUUGAUCUGAUCCAUUUACUGUCACUAUAGACCCGAUCCGAUUUAAACCGAGAUUUGAUCGUCCACCCUCUCACCUAUGUUUUUUUUGUCCAACGAUUGCAGGGUAAAGAAUUGAACCAUCGAUUCUAUAAUCAGUAACCUCUCCAUUAUCCAUGUGUGUGGGAGAAAAUUUACCUUGGAAGGAUAAAAUAAUGAUUAAGUUUAAAUACACAGUCUAUGAUGGGAGGCUUUCAGCAUUAAAUUCUUAAUGAAGUGUAUGAACUAAUGUAUUAGUGAUAUCUAAUAUUAUAUUGAGAAAGGGAAGAGGGAAUAAGGAAAUAAAUUAAUCAAGGGGUAGGCAGAAGCUUAUGAUUUGAGAAUGACCCUUCAAAGCUCAUUGACUCCCACUUCGAUCACAUGCAUCUCUCUCUCAACCUCUUUCUCUUUCUUCCUUUGGUGCCAUCCAAUUCUCCUUAUUUAAGCCCUUCCAUCCUCUCUUCAUUCUCAUCCUCACCAAAAAUCAGAAUUCUACUCUCCUAUUCCUAAAGCCUUCAAACUUUACUCACAGUCUUCUCUUACAGACAUAAACACUUCCAAAAGUCAACCUAUUGCCUAUUGGUAUCCAUCCUAAAGAACACAAACACAACCACAGUUUUCAAUCAAACAAAACAAAAUCUUUGAGUUACCUCAGUAGUGAUGGAGAACUUGUUUCGUCUUGCCGAUCACAACGACUUCUUCUCUCGCCGUUGCAUCUGGGUUAACGGUCCGGUGAUAGUUGGGGCCGGGCCAUCAGGGCUGGCUACAGCUGCUUGUCUUAGAGAACAAGGGGUGCCUUUUGUAGUCCUUGAACGAGCUGAAUGCAUAGCCUCCCUGUGGCAAAAACGCACCUACGACAGGCUUAAACUACACCUUCCAAAGCAAUUCUGCCAGCUCCCAAAACUCCCAUUCCCAGAAGACUUUCCUGAAUACCCAACCAAGAGACAGUUCAUCGAAUACCUUGAAUCAUACGCCAAGCAUUUUGAGAUCAACCCACAAUUCAAUGAGUGUGUUCAAUCAGCAAGGUACGAUGAAACCAGCGGCCUGUGGCGCGUCAAGACCGUUUCAACUGCUGGGUCGGCCCGCAACGAAGUUGAAUACAUUUGCCGGUGGCUCGUUGUGGCCACAGGCGAGAAUGCUGAACGGGUAAUGCCCGAAAUCGAAGGAUUGAGCGAGUUUUGCGGUGAUGUCUCACACGCUUGUGAAUACAAGUCUGGAGAGAAGUUCACCGGAAAGAAAGUGGUGGUCGUUGGCUGUGGAAACUCGGGCAUGGAAGUUUCUCUAGACUUGUGCAAUCACAAUGCGUCACCUUCAAUGGUGGUCCGAAGCUCGGUCCAUGUCUUACCAAGAGAGGUCUUUGGAAAAUCUACAUUCGAACUAGCUAUUGUGAUGAUGAAAUGGCUACCCCUUUGGCUUGUUGACAAGCUCUUGUUGGUCCUGGCAUGGCUGGUGCUUGGAAACAUUGAAAAAUACGGCCUCAAACGCCCAUCAAUGGGGCCAUUGGAACUCAAAAACGAGAUAGGAAAGACCCCUGUUCUUGACAUUGGAGCAUUGGAGAAAAUCAAAUCCGGCGACAUCAAAGUAGUUCCUGGAAUCAAACGGUUCACACGCAACCAAGUAGAGCUCGUUAAUGGAGAAAAGCUCGAUGUAGAUUCAGUAGUUUUGGCUACUGGGUACCGCAGUAACGUCCCAUCUUGGCUUCAGGAAGGUGAAUUCUUCUCGAAAAACGGAUUCCCAAAAGCAGCCUCACCACAUCCAUGGAAGGGAAAUGCAGGGCUUUACGCAGUUGGGUUCUCAAGAAGAGGGCUAUCAGGGGCUUCAUCAGACGCCAUGAAAAUAGCUCAAGAUAUUGGAAAUGUAUGGAAGGCGGAGACGAAGCAACAGAGGAAGAGAACAACUGCUUGCCAUAGACGCUGUAUUUCCCAAUUCUGAAAAAUGGCUGCCAUUGAUGGAUGAAUUUAGCCAAGGUUUCUUCACAAUGUAAAGAAGAAAAAUACAAAAUAAUACUGUAAAAAGAAAAGGGGAAAAACAAAACAUAGAAACAGAGCCCUCUCCAAAGGCCCAUUUUGACAAAUUUGUUUUGGGCAUUUUGUAAAAGAUGGAAGAUGAGGCUUUUUUUUAAUUUUAGU